AUGCUGAAGAGUUUGGUAUGCUGAAGCAUUUAGUGAGAGUGAGAGCGAUAGCAAAAACAGCAAUAUCUUCUUCCUUCCCUAAGCCUAAAAAUAAAAUAUCUUGUCAUUCAAUUCCACUCACAUUCGCCAUAUCGUCUUCUCCCAUGGCCGCCACCGAUGAAUCCCUCCGCAAAUCCCUCGCCGAGAAGCACGCCGCAGUGGAAGCCCAAGGCAACGCCGUCCGCGCCCUCAAGGCCGCCAAAGCCGCCAAACCCGAAAUCGACGCCGCAAUCGAAGCCCUAAACGCGCUGAAGCUCGAAAAAAGCUCCAUCGAGCACUCCCUCCUCGGCGGCUCCGACAGCCGCGAGGCCUUCCGUCAGUCCGUGGUGAACACCCUUGAACGGCGCCUCUUCUACAUCCCCUCCUUCAAGAUCUACCGCGGCGUCGCCGGCCUCUUCGACUACGGCCCUCCCGGCUGCUCCGUCAAGUCCAACGUGCUCUCGUUCUGGCGCCAACACUUCGUCCUGGAAGAGAACAUGCUCGAAGUCGAUUGCCCCUGCGUCACUCCCGAAAUUGUUCUCAAGGCCUCUGGGCACGUGGACAAAUUCACCGAUCUCAUGGUCAAAGACGAGAAGACCGGCACGUGCUACCGCGCCGAUCACCUGCUCAAGGACUUCUGCAACGACAAGCUCCAGCGUGACCUUGCGUUGUCUUCUGAUAAGGUUGCGGAGCUUAAGCACGUGCUUGCCAUGCUGGAUGAUUUCUCUGCUGAAGAGCUUGGUGCCAAGAUUAAGGACUAUGGGAUUGUUUCUCCUGAGACUAAGAACUCUCUCUCUGAUCCCUACCCUUUCAAUUUGAUGUUUCAGACUUCCAUUGGUCCCUCCGGCUUCAGCCCUGGCUUUAUGAGACCCGAGACUGCCCAGGGCAUUUUCGUCAAUUUUAAGGAUUUGUAUUAUUACAAUGGCAACAAGCUUCCUUUCGCUGCUGCGCAGAUUGGCCAAGCGUUUAGGAAUGAGAUAUCUCCACGACAGGGGCUUCUGAGAGUGCGGGAGUUCACGUUGGCGGAGAUUGAGCACUUUGUUGACCCUCUAGAUAAGUCUCAUCCCAAGUACCCUGAGGUUGCUGACUUGGAGUUCUUGAUGUUCCCGAGGGAGGAGCAAAUGUCGGGUCAGUCUGCCAAGAGGAUUCCUCUUCGUGAUGCUGUUUCCAAGGGAAUUGUCAACAAUGAGACACUUGGUUACUUCAUCGGGAGAGUGUAUCUAUUCUUGACGCGUCUUGGUAUAGACAAGGACCGAUUGAGGUUUAGGCAACAUCUCGCCAAUGAGAUGGCCCACUAUGCUGCUGACUGUUGGGAUGCCGAGAUUGAGUGCUCCUAUGGUUGGAUUGAGUGUGUUGGCAUUGCCGAUAGAUCUGCAUAUGAUUUGCGUGCUCACUCGGAUAAAAGUGGUGUUCCGUUAGUGGCUCAUGAAAAAUUUGCAGAACCUAAGGAAGUGGAGAAAUUGGUUAUAACUCCAGUAAAGAAAGAGCUGGGUCUGGCAUUCAAGGGGAACCAGAGGAUGGUGGUUGAAGCACUUGAGGCAAUGCCUGAGAAAGAAGCUUUGGAUAUGAAGGCUGCUCUGGAGUCAAAAGGGGAGGUGGAGUUUCAAGUGUGUACACUUGGGAAAAAUGUGACUAUUAAGAAGAGUAUGCUGACCAUUCAAAAGGAGAUAAAGAAAGAGCACCAGCGAGUUUUUACACCAUCUGUGAUUGAACCAUCAUUUGGAAUUGGACGUAUAAUCUAUUGCCUCUUUGAGCACACAUUCUACACGAGGCCAAGCAAAGCUGGGGAUGAACAGUUAAAUGUAUUUCGUUUCCCUUCACUUGUAGCCCCUAUUAAGUGUACAGUUUUCCCACUGGUUCAGAAUCAGAAGUAUGAGGAGGUUGCCAAACUCAUUUCCAAGUCAUUGACUGCUGUUGGAAUUUCACACAAGAUUGACACUACAGGUACAUCAAUAGGAAAACGAUAUGCAAGAACAGAUGAACUUGGCGUGCCCUUUGCUAUCACUGUAGAUUCAACAUCAUCAGUGACUAUUCGGGAGAGGGACAGCAAGGAUCAAGUGCGUGUUGAUGUGGAUAAAGCUGCCUCUGUUGUUAGGGAGGUGACUGAAGGCCAGAGGACAUGGGAAGAUGUGUGGUCAACUUUUCCUCAUCAUUCCUCUACAUCUGCAGAUGAAUGAUUGAGUUUUAUUAGUCACCAUCUAGGUUGACCCAUCAUAGUUUUCUGUUGCAAAAUUGUGUUUUUUGAGUAGCGAAUCAAACUACAGGGAUAUUACCAGUUGUCAACUAGUAGAUACCCAUUUCUUUUGUGCAACAUAUGCAGUUGUUUGUAGUCAUAGAUAUGUUAUUUUGAGAAAUUUCUGGUUUGCCAAUUGCUUCUCCAGGUUUUCUCGUGGGGGUUGGGUCUUACUGUCUAUCCUAGCUGAUAUCAGGGGGAAUCCGAAGAUUAUUUAAUAAAUAAUGUCUUUUUUGCUGUGGA